GUAAGAUCAUCCUAAGUGCACUUGCGUUUUUCCUAAUCCAAGAUUACAAACCAUUCCCAACAGACGACAGAUUCAAAUACUUUACUCCAGAAUCACCUUAAUAAAUGAUCAACCAUCCGAAACAGAUCACUGUAUGUUAAGUACAAAAAGAUAUUUCUUCUAAGUUUAAAGACUACUUAAAUCAUUAAGGGUUUACUGUAGAGCUGCAAGAAGCAAAGUGGACAAGCUGUGUCUCAAGAUUGACUAUUUGUGAGGCUAGUUCAGACUGUCAAAGAUAUAUUUCAGGUUUGUAAAAGCAACAGUAAAAUCAAAUAAAAAAAUUACAUGUCUCGUACUCCCCUCCUCCCCUAAUUUGUGAAAAGCACAUUCUCCAUGUAUAAUCUCUGUUGUUUAAUAAAUAAAGUAUAUGUGUAUCAUAAAGGAUAUUUUAUAUCUUAAGAUUGUUACCUCUUCAACAAGAGGCUCAGAUUUAGAAUGUUGUUUAAUUAGUUUCAGAAUUGGUGACUUUAAUGCUGCUGGUUUACAAUCUGGUGAAAGCUAUUCAAUGAUUGAUACGGGUGGAAUGUUUAUACAGCAAGACCACAUACUGUGAGUGUUACUUGGGAUGCACCAAAGGAAAGAUUCAUAAUCCCGUGCUGCUCUACUAUAUCAUGACUUCUACUAUAUCUACUUUAUCCUGAGAUCUCCAUAUGUCAGGAAGGAUAGGUAGUCAAACAUCUAAUAGUGGCUCAACAUAUUAGUGUGAACAAAUUACUGGCUUCAAGUACAAGAACAACGACUUAGUCUUUUAUUUUCGUAUAUAACAAAAAAACGCAGAAGAUGAUUUCAAUUUGAUUUUUAAGUGACAGAAAAUGAUCCAUCAAUUAUAUUCAACAAAACUCCGGAGAUUAAAUGUAUUAUUAAGGUAAUUAUUUUCAAAAUAGUUACAAGUUUUUAAUAAGUAAUUUGCUCCAUCCUCUAUCUCUCCCCCUCUCCCCCACGCGCCUCACACUUAAAUUUGAAACACAAUUUUAUGUAAUUUUCAUGUUUAUGUUAAUUUUUCAAUUUAUUUUUUGUAAUAAAAAAACUUCAUAAAAUAUAAUUUUGAGAGCAGAAAAUUGAUAUGUAGUGAAUGUUGUGAUGAAUAUCACCGUGAAUUAUUUGGCACUGGAGUCGGCCAUAUUGAAUUAACCUCUAGUACUCGUGUGUCCGUGCCUAUAUUGUACACCAUGGCUGAACAAGAAGAAGUUCAGAAGAAGAAGAGGGCGUUUAGGAAGUUUACUUUCAGAGGUGUUGAUUUGGAUCAACUUCUCGACAUGCCUAUGGAACAACUAACUAAACUUAUGCACUGCCGUGCAAGAAGGAGGAUUUCUGUCAGGGGUCUAAAGAGGAAGCCUAAUGCACUAAUCAAGAAACUGCGUAAAGUAAAGAAGCUUGCACCUCCUAAUGAAAAACCAGAGGUUGUUAAAACCCAUCUUAGAAAUAUGAUCAUCUUACCAGAGAUGGUUGGAAGCAUUGUUGGUGUCUACAACGGAAAGGCAUUCAAUCAAGUUGAAAUUAAGCCUGAGAUGAUCGGCCACUAUCUUGGUGAAUUCAGCUUGACCUACAAACCUGUCAAGCACGGUCGUCCUGGUAUUGGUGCCACUCACUCUUCUAGGUUUAUUCCUCUGAAGUAAACUGUGACCACACAUAUAAAUAAAGUUUUUUUUUUAAACAAGUUGUUUCCUAUUUUUAAAUAUCUGUAUGAAAACUUCCUUUAUCUCUAUUCUGUAUUUUUAAAACAACUUAAGUAAGUCAUGUUCAAAAUUCAAUUGGCAUAAAGUAUAACAAUUCAGGAGGGGCAAAGUUACUCAGAUAUAAUUAUUAAAUCGUAAAAAGAACUGACAAUUUUUCAAGUUCAAUAUUAAAGUUUCAGAUAUUUUUACCCAUUAAAACUUUUCGCUCAUAUUAAAAUUGUACUUCCACUUAACUGUACAUAAAAAUCAUUAUACUUGCUACAAAUUAAAUUCUAUUCU